AUGCUCAAAGGUCAGCACCAGGUUCAUGGUGGCUUUGACGGAAAACUUAACUGGUUCUACUUUGAUGAGGUUACGGGCGGAGUAUAUUACGGUUGGAAAUACAUUGAUUACCAAGAUAAGACAUGCUACUACGGACCAGAUGGUGCUAUGUACAAAGGGUGGUGUGUCGUAGGUAACAGACGGUAUUAUUUUGACGAAACGACUGGUGCUCAACAUUAG